UAGAGCAGGGGAGGACACAGACUGCUGCUGGCUGCUCUGAUCCAGCUCACCAAUACUCAACAAUAGUUUAGCCAAUAAAAUGACCCAAACAACCUAAAUCUCAUUAGCUAUCAGGAAGCUGCAGCGACUUCAGGACUCAUUUUUACUUUUUCUUCCACCAAACAAAGCUUAUGAUGAUUCUCAACUCUCCCCACACUGAUUUAUAAAAGAGUCACCGUGCAGGGGGCAGCACUUACAGGUGGGGAAUAGAAGGAAGAGUUAACUGUAGCUCCUGCCAGUGAGUCACCCAGUGCACACAAUUUACUGAUUGGUUUUUGUGCGGGUACUGAUUUGCCACUGAUCAAACCACAGCACAAGCCACAAACUUCAACCAGAAAACCCCAAUGUAACCAUCUUUGUUCAUGAAAGCCACUAGCUGCUUGACUUGGAGAUAAGGACUUGGCAAACCUAUGAAGACUACUGAUAGUGAUUUAAUAACAAUAAUAGCACCUGACAAGGACAUUGAUGGAUUUGCCUUGUGCUAGAAGUUUCCCUAUUGCUGUCUGAUGAUCCCCACUUCCGUAGUGGGCUUCACCUGGGGAGACCACCGGUAGCCUCCUGGGUGGAUAAACCCUGAUGUAUUUUGUGUUUUAUUGGGACUUCACCAAAAUCGCCUGGGAAAAUAUUAAUAGGAUAUUAUAGCUACUGAGUGAUUUAACUCUUUCAGGUGUCAGGGUAUUUGUGUGACUGAGUUCUAGCACUGUUACUAAACGUAUCUCAGUAUUGUAGGACUGCGAAUCCUAUUAAGAAGUUAUUAGUUUUUAUUCUCAAGCCUUGUUGUGAUGCGUAUCCCCGUAGAUACCAGCACCAGCCGCCGCUUCACGCCGCCCUCCACCACACUGAGCCCGGGGAAGAUGAGCGAGCCUCUCCAGCUGAGUGUGCCGGACAGUAGCGCCGCCCUGGUGGGCAAGCUGAGGACUGCGGAUCGUAAUAUGGUAGAGGUGCUGUCAGAUCACCCCGGAGAGCUGGUCCGAACCGACAGCCCCAACUUCCUAUGUUCGGUACUUCCAACCCACUGGCGGUGCAACAAGACCCUGCCCAUCGCAUUCAAGGUAGUUGCUUUGGGUGACGUUCCAGAUGGCACACUGGUCACUGUGAUGGCCGGCAACGAUGAAAACUAUUCCGCAGAACUUAGAAAUGCAACUGCAGCCAUGAAGAACCAAGUUGCCCGAUUUAACGAUUUGAGAUUUGUUGGGAGAUCAGGAAGAGGAAAAAGCUUCACUCUUACAAUCACAGUCUUCACCAACCCUCCUCAAGUAGCAACGUACCACAGAGCCAUAAAAAUUACAGUAGAUGGACCUCGAGAACCAAGACGACAUCGCCAGAAACUAGACGAGCAGACAAAGCCCGGGAGUUUGUCGUUUUCUGAGCGUCUUAGCGAACUGGAGCAGUUACGGCGCACGGCAAUGAGAGUCAGUCCGCAUCACCCAACUCCUACAUCCAACCCACGGGCAUCCCUAAAUCACGCCACUGCAUUUAACCCACAGCCUCAAACCCAGAUACAGGACACAAGACAAGUUCAGACAUCACCUUCAUGGUCAUAUGAUCAGUCUUAUCAGUACUUGGGAUCCAUUGCAACUCCCUCUGUGCAUCCGGCUACACCCAUCUCACCCAGCCGUGCUGGGAGUAUGUCAUCUCUCAGUGCUGAAUUCUCCAGCCGUCUGUCAGGAGCCUCUGACCUGACGGCAUUCAGCGACCCUCGAGUUGGCAUAGAUCGUCAGUUUUCUGGUCUUUCCUCAAUUUCUGAUCCACGCAUGCACUACCCAGGUUUUACAUACACUCCAACCCCAGUCACUUCGGGCAUUGGAAUUGGUAUGUCAGCGAUGUCCGGUGCUACAAGAUAUCACACCUACUUACCACCUCCAUACCCUGGAUCCACUCAGACUCAAGGUAGCCCAUUUCAAACCAGUUCCCCAUCGUACCAUCUCUACUAUGGAACAUCAGCAGGAUCCUACCAGUUUUCCAUGAUGUCAGGAGGAGACAGGUCACCACCUCGAAUACUUCCUCCUUGCACUAAUGCUUCCACAGGGUCCACUCUGUUGAACCCUAAUCUUCCAAACCAAAGUGAUGUAGUAGAGGCAGAAGGAAGUCACAGCAACUCUCCAACCAACAUGGGUGCCACUCCUCGGCUGGAGGAAGCAGUAUGGCGGCCAUAUUGAGACCAUACACAUCUUUUAAAGUCUACAAGUAAAUUCACUUCAAUAUAAAAACAUAUCAAUUGAAGAUUAUAUUGAAAGGUUCCCAGAUGGAAACUGUGAAUGCUCUUUGUUUAACAAUGCUGUGAAAUCACAUUUGCAUUUUUUUCAGCAAGGUCAUAAAGGUUACAGGAAUCCGCUGUUUUAAUAUUCAUUUUUGACUAUGGAUGAUUAGAUGGAACAGCAAAAAUCACAAAUCAUUUUUUUUUCUUUUUUCAAAUUAGAAGAUGCCCAUACGACUUUGUGGCUGGAACUUUGAGCUAAAUUAUUUGAAAACUUCAUAAACUUCCAUAUUAUUGAGAGUGUGAUUAUUUCCACUGUAACUUAAUUUGUAAAUUACUCUGAACAUUAAUUAUGUUUGGUCAAAAUAAUUGAUUGCAGCUCCAGAAAACCAUUUAUUUGUAGAUUUUGAAAGCCCAGGCUCAUGUCUGACUUCUCCGAAAGACCACCAUGUUUGCUGGCACCUUAAAACUGUUGCUUAUGUUUCCUUUCUAGCGUGCUGAUAUAUUUUACCUUUUCUAUUUUUUUAUGCUAAGCAGUAAGUGGGUAUUCUAAACUGCUGGUCUCCAGUGACUAAUUUCAGUUGCUUUCCUUCCUCAUUGAUAUUUCAGAGAGUUUGUUUUCUUUCUUUUAUACAAGGAUAUUGUUUACAUUUCUUAGUUUUGUAUUUUUAUUUUUUAUCUAUUUUUUUUUCAUUAUUGGAUUUACAAAAGUACUUACAAUACCAGAAUAGUAAUUGUAUGCUCUAAUUUAGGGUUUUCAUCUUCAUUCAUCAUAGAACUUUAAAAGGGCCAUUGUUUUAGAAAAUCCCGCCGAAGUACUGGUAGAUUAAUAUGUGCUCAGUGAUUUAAACCAACUGCUAAAUAUAUGAUGACAUUUUGGUUUUAUGGGGUCCAUGAAGACUAAGGUUAGCAUUUAUAAAAGCUUGACAAGAUUCAAUUAACAAAAAUAUAGAAGAGAUAUACUGAUGCACUAUAAGGAGGCAGAGUUUUGCGUUAAAGGGACAUUGCACUCAAAAAUAUUCUAUCAUGCAUAUGAAACAACGGUAUUACACAUGUUAAAAAUGUAUUUUUGUCUGUAAAAAAAGAUUCAUAAAAGCUGUUUAUAUUUACCAAAAAUCUAUUACUUCAUCAGUUCUAUACAUCCAACUAAGUUUCAGUGGCAACUACCACAGUUUAGUGGAGUAGGACACGUCUCCAGAAACCUGAAAAGACAACACUGCAAUCCAUUUUGAAAACUGUAUUUAAAAAUUGUUGAGUAUCAUGUCCCAUUAACGUUGAAUAUUUACAUGUUAAGUUUACAAAAUAUACAAUAAAUUGUGAAUGCCUCACAUACAUAUGAGAAUCCCUGGAAAGUUGCAGUCAUCUGUAUCCUGCUUUAAUGUUACAGCUAAAACAGUUAGAUAUAAGGCUUAACUUUCCUUUGUUGCUACCAUUAAAGGGAUAUUCUAGUGCAAUAUUUACAUGUUCUAAUUCAUUACAACAUGCAAUUCUUGUAUAAUUUAUGCUCCAACUCUAUGCAUUUAACUCUUUUAACACAUAGUUAAAGUCCAACUCGGGAGUCUCAGAGAACGGCUGGCCUUAAGAGGGAAACAGAUGGUGAGCCAUUAGUCAGUGGAAACCACACAAGCUUGCCAAUCACCAUAUGUAUUCCACCCAGAAGCUGCAGCGCUUGCGCCUCUGACAGAUUAGAGUGUGAAGUUCUUGCACUGGAAUGUCCCUUUAAACUGAAACAGAAUCAAGGAAACCAAGAGCUACAUCAUUUAGUCUAAUAGGGGUUAAUAUUGUUAUAUCUGCUCUAGGGACAUGGAAGCAUCAUUUAGUACUUGUUUUACAGGUGUAAUCAUCAUGUGAAAUAUAAAAUAGUUGAAAUAAAGAUGUAGGAUUUUUCAGUUUCAAGUGCAGGAGUCUCCUCUCUAUUUGCCCUAGUAAAUUGUGAAUGCACAUUUUAAUAAAAAAAAGUCUCAAACACUGGAUCUGGAUAAAGCAGCCAUCUUGCUCAUAGCACAUGUUAAACAGACCUCCGAACUGUCCCUGUUUGAGAGGGACAAUCCCUAAUUCUGAGCAACUGUCCCUCCGAGACAGCCAUAUGCCUAAUUUGCAGAAUUUCUCUUAGCAACACCUACACUCUGAGCAGACACACCCAUGACACGCCCACCAACAGGCCAGGCACACCCAUUAUCCCACCCACUUUCCACCCAUGACCCUACCCAUCAUAUCAUGGCCCGCCCACAAAAAUGGCAACAGCCCCCUUCAACAACCCUACUACUUAUCCACAAAUGUUGGGAGUUAUGGAUAAAUAUGGCAAUUACUACUUCUGUUUUGCCUUUACAAUUAUAAUCUAUUGCUUUAUCUCAUUUACACAUGUAGCAAAUGUUAUGGCACUUAAUGUACUGAGUUAAACAAUUAAAGUUACAACAGCUGAUGUGCACAUGGGUAAACAGAUAUGGGCUACUUCUGUAGUUCCCAAAUUUCAUCUCAAUAUUAAUAUCACUCUUAUAGAACAAAUUUCUAAAUAUGAUUAAUUAAAAUAUUUUAUUUUCAACCUUUAUUCAUUUUAGAAUUGAAUUGAGAUUGUUUGUAUUUUUAUUAUUUGUUUAUAUUAUUUUAUACUUUGUAAAGCGGAUACAUGUUUAUUUGGCUUUUUAUUUUCAAGUAUUCAUUAUUUAAUUCCAUCGCUGACGCCCAUCACAUAUCAAAUAAGACUGUAAAUUUUGUGGCACUAUUUUAUUUGAAGAAUUUCUUGGGUGCAGUGGUAAUUACAAAUGAAUUUAUUCUGCUGAUAUUAAUAUGUGUCUCAAAAUUAAAAAAAAAUUAAAAAUGUUUAUUUAAUGUACUUUAAAGUUGUUAAAAAAAAUAUUGCGGGUCAAGCCUGAAGAGUAUUUGAAAGCAGGACUUUAGAUCAGUGUUUGAUUAAAAAAAAAGGAUUUAAAAAUAAAAUAAAAAUUGUUUUAAAAAAAUU